CCUCUCCUCCCUCCCCUGUGCGCCCCUCCCUCCCUCAGUCCCUUCCCUCCCGCCCCUCGCGGCCGGGUCCCUGCGCUGGGGCGCACCAUCGCCUCGGCGGCCGGGGCGCGCCGAACCCGCGGCACGAGCCGCCUCUCCCGAGCCUCGCCGCUCCCUUCCCUCUCGCUGCCCCUUCCUCCACCCCCGGCUCGGGCUUGGCGCGGCGGCCCCCGGAACCCCGAGCCCCGUGCCAGGCUCCAGAGCUGGGGGCAUGGAGAACUCUUCGGCAGCGUCGGCCUCCUCCGGGGCUGGGAGCAGCCGCUCCCAGGAGAUUGAGGAGCUCGAGCGCUUCAUUGACAGCUACGUGCUGGAGUACCAGGUGCAGGGGCUGCUGGCCCACAAGGCGGAGGGCGACGGCGAGAGCGAGAAGACACAGUCCCCCAUCUCCCAGUGGACAGCGGACUGCAGCGAGCAGCUGGACGGCAGCUGUUCCUUCUCCCGAGGGCGAGCCCCACCGCAACAGAACGGCAGCAAAGACAACUCCUUGGACAUGCUGGGCACCGACAUCUGGGCCGCCAACACCUUUGACUCCUUCAGUGGCGCCACCUGGGACCUGCAGCCCGAAAAGCUGGACUUCACGCAGUUCCACCGGAAGCUCCGACACGCGCCUAAGCAGCCGGUGCCACACAUCGACCGUGAAGGGUGUGGAAAAGGGAAGCUGGCAGAUGGGGACGGCAUCAACCUGAAUGACAUCGAGAAGGUCCUCCCAGCCUGGCAGGGCUACCACCCGAUGCCCCACGAGGUGGAGAUCGCACACACCAAGAAGCUGUUCCGGAGGCGGAGGAACGACCGGAGACGGCAGCAGAGACCACCAGGCGGGAACAAGCCCCAGCAGCACGGUGACCACCAGCCUGGCAGCGCCAAACACAACAGGGACCACCAGAAAUCCUACCAGGGGGGCUCGGUGCCCCACCCCUCAGGGAGGCCCACGCACCACGGCUACAGCCAGAACCGGCGCUGGCACCACAGCAACAUGAAGCACCCGCCAGGAGACAAGGGGGAGGCGGGCACCCACCGCAAUGCCAAAGACACCGUGGCCAUCGAGAGCCCCAGACUUGAGGACACCCUGGGAGACCCCGAACCUCCCCGCAGCCCGGACGGCACGGCCCCCACGGCCCCCGGGGGCCUGCCUGCCCAGCAGCCAGGGGGCCCAGAGGCCGAGAGCCGGCGGAAAGACAGCGCUCUUGCUGAGCGUGGUGGGGAGCGGCCCAGAGUCACCCUGCUCCAGUCUUCUAAAGACAGGCUGAGGCGGAGGCUGAAGGAAAAGGUACCGGAUGAAGUGGCGGUGGAGACGCCCAGCCCCCAGCAGAACAAGAUGGACAAGCUGAUCGAGAUCCUGAACAGCAUGCGCAACAACAGCAGCGACGUGGACGCCAAGCUCACGUCCUUCAUGGAGGAGGCGCAGAACUCCACCAACUCGGAGGAGAUGCUGGGCGAGAUCGUGCGGACCAUCUACCAGAAGGCCGUGUCCGACCGCAGCUUCGCCUUCACGGCCGCCAAGCUCUGCGACAAGAUGGCGCUGUUCAUGGUGGAGGGGACCAAGUUCCGGAGCCUGCUGCUCAACAUGCUCCAGAAGGACUUCACGGUGCGCGAGGAGCUGCAGCAGCAGGACGUGGAGCGCUGGCUGGGCUUCAUCACCUUCCUGUGCGAGGUGUUCGGCACCAUGCGCAGCAGCACAGGCGAGCCCUUCCGCGUGCUCGUGUGCCCCAUCUACACCUGCCUCAGGGAGCUCUUGCAGUCUCAGGACGUGAAGGAAGACGCUGUCCUUUGCUGCUCAAUGGAGCUACAGAGCACAGGCCGGCUGCUGGAGGAGCAGCUGCCCGAGAUGAUGGCCGAGCUCCUGGCCAGUGCCCGGGACAAGAUGCUGUGCCCCUCGGAGUCCAUGCUGACCCGGUCUCUGCUCCUGGAGGUCAUCGAGCUGCACGCCAACAGCUGGAACCCUCUGACGCCCCCCAUCACGCAGUACUACAACAGAACCAUCCAGAAACUGACAGCCUGACGCCGCGGGGCCAGAUGGACAGGCGGGAGGACAGGGGUGGCCCCCGCGGGAGAAGGAAGCAAGGACGAGGGCAGGCAGAGCCAGGGGCCGGUCUGGAGCCAGCCAGGGAAGGAAUCAAGUCCCUGAGAUGCGCAGCCCCUGCCCCCACUCAGGCCGACCCCUGCCCGCGCACGCAGCGCCCACCCCAGUAGGAGAAGCAUGUUUCUUUUCAGGGUGGUCCUGGCCCCCCCCACCCCGCCCCCACAGAACUUUGUGCCCUGGGGGCUCACGUGUGUCUGUCGGAGACCCGGCAGCCUCUCACGCUGGGUCAGACAGGACCUCAGAGAGCUGAAAAAGUAGGUGGAGGCGGGCAGGCCGGCAUUGUCCCCGCGUGCCGUCAGCCGCGGUCGCCAACUGGCAGCAGGCGACGUGUAGCAGAUGUCCGCGCGGACAAAGGCAGGCACGGUCCCCACCAGCCGCCCGUAAUUGGCGGCCUUUGUCAGCCCCGGUGGAGCCGCGUCUUUCUGUAACCUUCGCACUCCCCCCUCCCUCCGGCCCCCGCCCCCCAACCCAGGCAUCGGGGAGAGGGAACGGGGGGUGGGGGGGUGGUGAGGGCUUUUGUUUUAUUGUGAUUUCAUUUUCAAAAGUCGGCUGCUUUGAAGUCUCUCGGUGGAAUCACCGAGGAUGAGGCGUUUCCCCUGGUUAGUGGGAGAUCAAGCCGGCCCCCUCUGCACGGGUUCCCUCGCCACCGACCGCUUGCCAGUGGCCAAUUAGGGUGACUGGAAGCAUCUGCCCCUGCGGGGGUCCCGCGUUCCUCGGCCCCAGGCCAGCAGCGCCUCUGCUCUCUUACUCUCUAAGGGCUGACACUGUCGCCACUGGGACUGCGUUCAUCCCAGGUGCCAGGCGGCGUGUCCCACGGGGCUUGUCCCCAGCUGCGCCUCGUCGCUGCCCUGGCCUCAUCCCGGACAGGGGACACCGCUCGUUCUCCGAGUCAGGUGACCAGGCAAGGCCACCAGAUGGAGCUUUCUGGGCUGGAAACAGGCCGGGGAUCCUGGAAACCCCCCCGCCCCGUGCUAGGGAGCUGCCCCAUUGAGCUGGCCAGAGAGGAAGACGUGGCCAACCCCAGGGAAGCUGCCAGGUGUAUGCACCCCCACAGGCCCAUCUCCCAGGCCUGAGCCCACCCUUUGAGGAGCCCCCAGGAAGUGACAGUCGGGGUCUCACCGAAGGCCCUCCUCGGUCUGCUGGCCGAAUCCCCCUGGCUGGAGUGAAGGUGGCAAGGGGUCGCCUCAUUGUUUCAGAGUCCAGGGCUGUCAGGUGGGUGGGAAGAGGACUGCCCCGUCCUCUCGGGCUUUCCACACCAGCUGCACCUGCCUUCCAGCCCCAGGACAAAAGCCCCUGCCAAGCCCCCAGAAAGAGCCUGUUGGGACAAGGUAUGGGGGUCACAGGUUUCUCCGAAACGAGUAGGUGGUCCCCACCAAGAAGCCCACUCCCCUGCUCGCCCUGGCCUCCUGCCUCCCCAGCCCUCGUCCUCCCAAGCUUUCUCAAGCUUCCCCUCACAGCCUUGCUCCCCGGCCCUGUACCUUGGGCCCAGCCUGGGCCUCGGGGAGACCCAGCAGCCCCGCAGGAGGCCUUGAGGGCUGGGCUGGGGCUGAUGCUGGGGCCCUCAGAGGGCACCCAGGAAAUCAUACGCCGUGGAGCCAGGCCAGCCACACCCGUGUGUGUGUGUGUGCGUGUGUGCACGUGUGUGCGAGUGUGUGUGCGCUUGCAUCUGCUGAGAAGGCAGCAAAGGCCUCGGCAAACAGACCUGGGAGUGGGCGCUCAGGUCACAGAAGCAGCAGGGGGUGAGGUCCCCUAGGCUUGGCCUUGGCCUUGGCGAGCAAGCUUCCUGAAGGGGCUCCCAGCACUGUGCACAGAGCGGGCACUGGCACUGGGGGCCCUUCCUGCCCCCAGCCCUCCUUGGCUCCGAGGGCCAGAGUGUGAAGAAGUGAGAUAUAAAUAUGUAUACAUAUAUAAAUAUAUUUUUAAUUACGUGUCGUGUCACCGUGGCUCCAGACGUACGGUUUGCCUCGUUGAUUCCAUUGCUGGACAGUGCUUCCUGGCCAAGCUGAACAACACUCGACUCGGCUGUUUUUCUAAAUGCGGCUUGCUGCUACUUUUUCAGACGUGGAAGGAAAACGUAAAAAACUUUCUUUUUUUUUUUUUUUUUAGAAA